AUGACCAGCCGUGUCCAUCUUCCCUUCGAACUCGAUUUUAGUUUUAAACUAAAACGAGCCCGAAGACGGUCACAAGAGUACAUCCCUCCUCAAUACCCCUUUGGCAAAAGUCCCCUGGUCGAAACAACUCCAUUGUCACCAAAUACUCCAGUCGUCAGUCCUACUAGUACAACUCAAACCACGGCUCCAUUCAAUUUUUCAGGAUUGGGAAACACGCAAAACUUCGUCCCGCCGGUAGAGCUUCCAGAUAAUACAGCAAAUAUCCCGAGACCUCAAUAUCAGAAUGGAGCUCCAGCGAACGGACACUCCGGAGCUAGCAAUCUUCGGCCCUCAUCGUGGUCCGGAGCACAUCCAGAACUACCACGAAUAAUUACAAGUCCGCCCACUAUGCUUGGAAAUCUAGAACCGGGGCUAGGCCCGAAUAGAUAUCCCCAGUCACCGAUGAGUCCUCCAGCUAGUCCAAUUGGGAGGAAUGAAUUGGGACUCCUGAAGUUGUAUAGAACUGUCUUCAUUAUCGACGACUCCACUUCCAUGAUCUCCUCAAGCCAUCUAAAAUCAGCCUACGAUCUCCUUAACGCUCUCGUCCCUCUUGUGACUGGAGUUAGUGAAAAGGCUGUCGAAAUCCAAUUCCUUUCAGACGAUAGACAAUCUCAUUCUCAGAAAAUCAAACCGGGAGAUAAACUUCCAGCUGGUGAGAUCUUUUGGCAUGGUGUGACAGCCCGUGGAGGUGCUGCAAUGAGCGCAGGGCUGAAAAGAAUCAUUAAACCAUACCUAAGCGGUAUGAGGAAAAGCAAGGUACUUGAGAAGGAAGGACUAAACAUCAUCGUAAUAACUGAUGGGAAGCGAAAGGAUCGAAAAGAUGUGGUAAAAUAUAUCGUAUCUGUAGCAAGGAAGUUGACGGAUAAGGGGGCACCGCAGCACUUGCUUGGGAUACAAUUUGUGCAAGUUGGUGAUGACCAAGGGGCAAAACUCUUUUUUAAGUCUGUGGAUGAUGGACUAGAAGAGCAGUAUCAAAUAAGGAUAUCGGAGUUCGACUGCCUUUACUAUUUAUUGGCUGAAGCUAAAGAUCUUGAAGAUCUGUCGCUCAGAGGACAGCAGGUUGCUGCUGUCCAAGUGAUUCGAGCUGCUUCCAACCAAAUCGAGAAAAAAAUUGCAGAAGCUCGCGAUGAAACAAGGAAAGUAAUCGAUCGACUUAUUAGCAAGGGCGACAAACGGAAUGCGUACUUACUGGCCACAAUAUCUUCUGGUAAGAUCAGUUAUGAACUGAAGAUCAUAGAGGAUGAAUAUAUGGCUGGGGACAAGUACAUGGCGACAGCACGACAGCACAGCGUUCAGGCUUGUCUAGACGCAGGCAUUGGGCUUCAUUUCCGGAGGUUCAGGGGGCUUGGAACAAUAUCUAGGAAGGCGAGCUCUGCACUUGAGUACGCUGAUAAACUGAAUAUCUCAAACAUAUCGCUUCUUUACAAGACCUUGGAUACAGUUGGCCAGAUCUGUAAUGAAGGUCUCGAAUACGACCCAACUCUUGCAAUAUUUGGCAUCACUGAGUCAAAAUACGAAAGGCUCUACGGCAAUGGCUACCUAUUUCAGAGGCUCUCUCCAUUGUUCUUCACCGCGUUCUUCCUUAAUAGUGAAUACUUCCCUGGAACGGAUAUAUGUGUUAACGACUGGCCAACUGUUCUAUUUCAACCUCACGUCAAACCGAAGAAUAUUGAUGAAUACAGUGUCGAAUCUAAGGCUCAUCUAGCUGCAGCCUCUUAUUUGGCGGAGAAGUCGUGCUUUCUCUUGGCUAUUAACGUUAUCCGUAACCAUCAGUGGGAAUACUUCGUAAAGUUUGAGUUAAAUCUAGUUAACGACGCCCCGAUCCGAUUAUCGAUCAUACUUCGCCUUUUCGAUACUUUUGAGUACUUCAUCAACCUUUAUCAUACAUACUGGAAAUUUCACAAUGUUAAAAAACCUAUUGUUCUGUCCUAUCCGCCAACACUACCUGGGCUUGAAAGAGCCAAUAUAUCAAACACACUAGAUUUGACAGCAUUUAUGUUGGCAAUCAUCUCUUUCAGCCCGGAAGAUGUCCUGUUUGGGAAGUUCAUCGAUCGCUUUCUCGACCCAGAGAUCUCGCAUUUAUGGACUGGCCCGAUCCAAGUCCGGUUGUCUUCCAUUUCAAAUCACGCAUUCGCCCAAGACGAACCUAUUGAUGGGAUAUACUUGUGGCCAGUCCAUCUUGCAGGGCUUGCAAAACACACCGAUCUCUUCAAGAUACUCUUUCAGACCUAUAGCGCCAAUCUAGCAUCCACAGUCUUCACAGUAGCACUAGUGGCUAUAAAAAAUAACGAUGCUACCCUAUUUCCGCUUCUAUCAAGUUUCCUCACCUCGCCAAACUGGGGCGAGCAUCACACACGUUGGCUGUUCGUUUUUGUCACCAAACAUGGCAGUACGGAAUUGGCCCAAUCUUUACAGGAGUUCCUUCUAGGUCCGAGCAUGAGAAAACUGGAGGUCCUUCUAGUUUCGGGCACGAGAGAACAGGAUUUAAUUAGUUUGGAAUCUUUUGCUCAACGCUCAAUAUCAAAGAGGUCCCUCCUAUUUCUGACACCGAUGGACCUCGACUCUUAUGGAACGGAUUCAUUGCUUGAAUGUGAUCGUCAGAAUCCGAAGGGAGGAACAAAAACUUGUAUUACUGCAAUAACCGCUACAUCGAAGUCUUCCUCAACUAUUUCUUCAAAUAAAACCCUUUUAUCCGUAGGAGGGAUGACUUUUUCUGUUCCAAGAUCUUGA